ACAAGUUUUCUACGGCGCUUCUUCAUCGAACUAUGCCUUCUCGGCACCAUGGUCUUGCUCUUAUUACUGCACCAGUACAACGUCGACCAUAAAAAAUAUCAAUCACUAGCGCCGGCGACGCCGGGCAGGACGGGCAAUGUAAACACCACCGGAAUCAGGUUGCUGUUUUGGACAAAAGCUCAUGGACUCUGGUACCACCCGUUGACGAAGUCAGCGCGAGGCUUGGUCCUCCUCGAUGGCUGCAAGGUGCCGUGCUUCGUGACUCGGGACCGGUCCCUCUUGAAAUCCGCGGACGUGGUCGUGUUUCACGACAAGGACGCCGACGCCAGUGACUUGCCCAGCUACCGUAGCGAACGUCAGCGUUGGGUCUACUGGAACAUGGAGCCACCUCCGAACAGCCGGCGUGACAGAAUGGUGAGACUCAGGGGUGUCUUCAACUGGACCUACACGUACAGGCACGACUCGGACGUCCCGCACCCAUACUUCUUCUGCGUAAACCAAUCUGUGCAAGACGUCACGACGUCGCCGAAGCCCCAGUCCACUCCUUCCGUCAGGACCAAACGACCCAAGCUUCUGGCCUGGGUGGCCAGCCGCUGUCACAGCGCGAGCCACCGAGAGGUCCUGGUCUCCGAGCUGCGCAAGCACGUCGACAUCGACGUAUACGGGCGUUGCGGCGACCUCAAGUGUGUCGACGACCCGUGUCAGGCACGCUUCGGAGACACGUACUACUUCUACUUGGCGCUCGAGAAUAGCCUGUGUCGCGAAUACGUGACUGAGAAGUUCUACGACGCCCUGCGCCACGGCAUGGUCCCUGUGGUUCUCGGCAGCUACGCUAGUGCUUUGGCGCCCCCGGAUUCGUACGUCGACGCGUUCCGCUUUCCCACGCCGCGACACCUGGUGUCGUAUCUGAAGGCAGUGGCGGCGAACACUACGUUGUACGAGCGCUAUUUCGCUUGGAAGCGGACGCACGCCAUUGUGAAAAACCGUUUCGACGACCACUGCGCCCUCUGCCAGGCGCUUCACAAGGCACGCCCGGGAGAGCGGAAGCAGUACGCGGACAUCGUACAGUGGUGGCACGGCGGUAACGGUCCCAUGUGCGUGCAUCGUUCGAACGGGGCUGCUCGGUGAAUCCGUGACCGUGAGCUUCUGGCAGGGCCAGGCGGGUUUCGCAACAGUCGCGGGCUCGAUUCCCUUGCAAUCGGCGGCUGCAGCGUUAUCAAGGAGACAAAGUGUGAAAAAACUCAUGGAUUGAGGGGGCCUUGCAGCAGUUUUUAAACAUGGUCAGAAAGAGCGAGGGAAGGAAUGUAGGAAAGGCAGGGAGGUUAACUAGACAGUGGGUAAACAUGGUCAGAAAAUAGUCGAGGCUCCUGGGAACAUAUGAGCCAAACAUGAUAGCGCUGCACGCGGCAUGGAAUUUAGAAUCAGAUUUCAAAGUCAGCUGGAAAUCGCUCGCUCUUCUGUCGAGAAAUAUUGCGAUAUACCCAAAAUGAACUGCGUCAUAUACCCAAAAGCACAUGGACAUUGCCAUUGUCUUAUUUGACCAUCGUGAGCAGCAUAAUGACCGCCGCCGCCGCGGUGUGCCGCGACGGGCCCGCGCCGCGCCCUAGAGUGCACUAUACAAUUACACUAGCGCUCCCAUGAUUACAGGGAAAGUGAGCCGCGCGUUCAAAGAAAACAAGAAAAGAAAGCGCUCAAGGUCAUGACGCACGCUGACUAAGGACGUAGAAUCUUGCCACCUUGUCAUCACCCACUGCGUGGCUUUGAGCGCUCUCGCUGUGAAAAAAAAAAGGGG